AUGCUUCAGUACCCCUCGGGGGAGCCACGAAGGAGGCCUGAGGGCGCGUUGGGGAUGCUGGGAGCACUCACAUGGACGGUUUCUGCAGGCGGCCCUCAUCUGUGCGACCGGCAGACCUUGAAUUCAAGACAAGGCGGUACCACCUUCGUACACCAUGGCAAUCAACACUGGUCCCGAAAACGGAUAUCACCUGAAUACAAUGCGACGGGCUCAGAUACAGAAUAUUUCACUCACCCAGAAGCAUCCAAUGACGGCGAGGAAUAUGAAGAGGACACAAGACCGUUUUUCCACCACAAUGAUGACGACAAAGAGGACCGCAUCUCAGAUGCAGGGCUUCCAAAUGAACAGGAGAGCUACUGGGAUGAUGAUAAAGAAAACGAAGAAAUACGAGGGGCAGUUGACUACGAUGACUUAGAAGAAUCAGAACCGUCUUCUCCUGGUGGGAAGGAGAGUGACUCGGAGAAAGACGAAACAAUGUUUUAUGAAACCCGAGAGAGGGAGGAGCAAGAGGAAUUCCAGGACUCGAGGCUAUCGUCUCCUGGAGGUUCCUGUGAGGGAUACACUAUGUCGAAGGAUGAAGCAGAGAUGAACGUACCACAUCGGGGCGAGCCCAAGAAGAAGAAACAGCGGACCAAUCCACUCUCAACAAAUCCUUUUGUUGAUCUUGAGGCGGUCGUGAAUGACAAUCCCGAAAUAGAGGACCAGGCUGGUGAGGAUGAGUUAUGGGAGGAAUUCCUUGAUGAUAGUGAAGGACACGGCCGCGAUGACACCCUAUAUACCGCACUCUGCACUCAGUACACCGAGGAUGACACCCAUUGGAAGGAUUUUUUGGAGCGGGCCUGGCGCCGGGGCAAUCGUUCUGAAGCGUCGACAACGGAAAAUCGAGCUCCUGCUGUCCAGGACGCUCUCUGGGAGAUCCCAUGCCAGAUGGGGGCGGAAGCGACCGCGGUCCUGAAGAUCCUGAAGCGGGCAUGCCAUCCUGAAAUGUCCACCUGUCCAGCCAGAGCGGCCUUCACCCAGCCUCAUUUCCCUGGCCGCAUCUUCGUGGAGGUCGGGGACGCCGCAAAAGCGAAACAGCUUGCGAAGGACAUUGCGGAAUUAGACCCCACCAAUCUCCGUAUCGUGCCCCGAGACAAUAUGACACGGACGCUCGCGAUCCAUUCCCCACGUCUACUACAGCCACAAUCCUGGGUACGCGUUCGAUCGACCUUCCCGGCAUUGAAACUAUAUCAGGACGAUCUGGCGCUCGUAACGCGACAUGAUACCCUUGGGCGUAUUGAUGUUUGGCUCUUACCCAGGCCCAGCCUCGGACACACAGCAAGUACUGGUCGGCCUCCGCAGAGGCUGGUCCUGGGGGGAAAGAAUCCACCAUUCUCCGCUCAGGGUUAUAUGGUGUUUAAAUCUCUGGAGAGGACCGUCUUCCAGCCGGCUGUCCCGACAGUUGAGGAACUGGAGCAAUUCCGCGAAUGUCAGGCUCUCGAGGACGGGACCUACCACCGCACACACGCACUCAUCGCCCAUGCACGACUAGCCGUCCAUGACCGCGUCAGGAUCCUGCGGGGAGCUUUCCGUGGCCUCCUGGGCGUGAUUAUGAGCGUCCAGGCUCACCAGACAGAGGUUUUCAUUCCAAGUCAGGAUCUAACGGACAUUUUCUCGUUCUUAGAACUGCGGAAGGUGUUUCAAGUUGGAGACUCCGUGCGUGUGGUCUCGGGCGAACAUCGAGCAAAUACUGGCUGGGUGGUAGAGCUCGUCGAGGACGAGGUGAUCGUCCUGAACAUGCAACGUUAUGACGAGAUCAAGGUCCAGCGUGGACAAUUGGAAUUUUAUGAGGAACACCAGGCAAGUCCGCUCCGAGACCUGUCCGUCUACUCGAUCCUGUCUCCCGAAGACCGCCUGGAGAUGAGGGACAACCCAAACGCUGUCCACAUCGGCAAACAGGUGACUGUCACUGGGAAGCACUACCUCAAAGGCAGCCAUGGCAGGAUCAAGGACGUGAGCCGCGAGGGGGAGGCGAGCGUCGCCCUGGAAAUAUUCAAUAAAGCGCACCCAGAAAAGAUCAACCUCUUCCAUCUUCGAAUCCGAGAGCGGACGGGCACCCUCGUGCCACUCUCCGACUGCAAUACGCCCUCACAAGAAGAGCCUGCUCACAAUGCCCCUCUAGCCGUCGCCGAAGAUCCUCUUGUAGAGUCACCCCUCUCACCCGCGAGUCCCGGUGCGCCAGCACUCGUUGCUUCCUGCAGCACGCCCUUUCCUUCGAGCGCCCGUGCUAUCGCCCAAUCUCCUGCAUGGGAACCUGGCUCCCGCACUCCCAAGGCACAUGAGGAGCUUUUGAGUCUUCCAGUUCCACUUUGGCUUCGAGAUACUCGGUUUCACGUCUACAGGGUGAAGCUCUUUGACCUCGAAUCGCGCUCGACUCGCCCCGUCGAGUUCAAAUCGAUCUUAGGCGACGACGUUGUAGUCAGGGACGGCAUGUCCCCACGGACGGCGCCCUUGCAGAACCUACGACCGGCUCUGGUGACGCGAAAGGGUGAGUGUGUCGUGUGCAUAAUGCCGGGUGACCACUUCGGGCGCCUAUUCCGGGUGAAGAGCCACUCUGACACCACCUGCGUAUUGCGUAACUUUGGGUCCAAGUCCGGCAAGGGCGAAAAGCUUUUCACCGUGCCCACGAACGCCCUGGUCGAAGUGUUUCCGCCAUCUAAAGGACUACGAGUGCAGUAA